CUUCUUACUACAGAUAAUCUAAACACACGGUCGCCAAAGACUUCUGACUACCUCCUUAGGCACAUCCCUCAUGUGGCAUAUUUGAGAUAUAUACCGAAGCUGGAUUCAAAGAAAAAUCCCCCAGAUUUCUCUCUGCAAGCCGUUAGACUUUUACCUGCCAUGUCUGCAGACAGUCUAUUUGCUGUAUGUCCGACUCCCUGCACUCGAGCACAUAUCUUCCGCAAUCUCUCAUUCGGCUGUCGCUGCCUAUCGGUAGUGAAAGUGCUAACCACGUUCCAAGGACAUCUGGACCUUCACUGGUGGCAAUGCAUCUAAUCUACUACGAUACUGUUCAUUAUUGGGAUACCUUUAGAGGCAGUCUGCCAGGAUCCAACAUUUUCAGGAAUCUCAGAGACCUUCGGACACUACGCCAUUAUUCAGCCACGCUGCCUGUAGCCACCCCCGAUACACACUUAUCGCAAAUAUCUUUUCCAAAGCUGAAAUAUCUACGCCUAAGCAAUUAUCCGCUCAGUACAAGCUGUCACUGUUGGCACCAUGGUUGAUAGAGUUCAGCUAUCAGCGAUAUCCACAUCUAGACAUAUCCUGUUGCUACGCUGGGAGGUUUCACUGUGGAAGAGGUAAAUAUGUGACGAUGUGCCGCAGUUUAUUGCAAAGGGUGUCUUUAGUCAACCAUUUGCAGCUCGCACUGC